AUGACGUGGAGUGUCAUCGGUGCGCUACAAGGCGUACGCCAUGCGCUGCCUACCCCCCAUGGUAGCGUGCGUAUGAUGCAUCAAACUUCGGUCCUGGCACGCAAAUCGGGGCCUGGCCGCGGCCGUGCACGAAAGAGUCCGAAUACGCUUCUUCGUUUGCAUGCGGAGGGCAAACUUCGUGGUGCUGAGGCCUUGCAAGCGGCAAGGCUUGUAGAGGAAGAGAGGUUCCGUUCGAGCUUUUCGGGAAAGAGUGACGAAAGUGCACACCCGAGUGAUACCAUGACAUUAAGCGAUGCGCGCCAAGUGAUUCGGGCCGUGGAUGCAGCGCGGCCACGCAACGCGUAUGAACUGCACAUUGUAACGUCUGUGCCAUCGAACCAAACCAAUGCCUUCCGUGGCCGAUUAACGUACCCUCGCGACCCACGUAUCAAGGGUGAAACCGUACUGGUGUUUGCCGACCAAGACACAGAGGCUGCGCAGGCGGCGGAGCAGGUGAACGAGGAGCUGAAAGCGAGUGGAUCUUCGACGCGCUUGAUUGUUGGUGGUCAGGAGCUGAUUGGUGAAACAUCAUCAGGCCGUGUGCCUUCGUAUACGCGUGUGCUAUGCACAUCCGCGUUGCUGCCGAGUCUAAGCAAGGCUUUGGCGCGCACGCUGGGUCCGAAAGGUCUGAUGCCCAACGUGAAGCGUGGCACUGUGGCCAACGAUGGCGAGGAAAUGCGUCGCGCUAUUGAUCAGCUUGUGACAGGUGUCGACUGGCGUGGCGAUCGUGUGGGCGUGGUGCGUGGCGCUGUCGGCCGUAUUUCGUUCAGCGAGGCGGACUUGCGUGCGAAUGUGCAAGCGUUUUUGGAUGCCGUCAUUGCGCGUGCGGCGAGUGGCCUCACAGGCACCAAGGUGAGCGUUAAAGUCGUGGAGAGCUAUGCACGUGAUGUGUCAUCGCAACGAGAGGAUGGCACGACAUGGCAACGCCGCGGUCCUGGGGCUAUGAAGCGUGCGCAAUCGAUUAUCAAGGAUGUCUAUCUAAGCUCGACACAGGGCCCAGGUAUUCGUCUGCGUUUGGAGGAUGUGUUGUAG